AUGUUUACAAAAAUCCGGAUUUCGUAUUCAGUUUUCGGCAGCUGCCUGAAACGGAAAUUUGAAAUCCUCAUCUUUUAUUUUCCCUCUUCUUUUAUUUUUCCUCUUCUUUUUUUCCUUCUUCUUUUAUUUUUCCUCUUCUUUUUUUUCCCUCUUCUUUUAUUUUUCCUCUUCUUUUUUUCCUUCUUCUUUAUUUUUCCUUUCCUUUUUUUUUUCCUUCUUUUUAUUUUUUUUCUUUUUUUUUCCUUCUUCUUUAUUUUUCCUCUUCUUUUUUUUCCUCUUCUUUUAUUUUUCCUCUUCUUUUUUUUCUUCUUCUUUAUUUUUCUCUUUUUUUUUUCCUUCUUCUUUUAUUUUUCCUCUUCUUUUUUUUUCCUCUUCUUUUAUUUUUCCUCUUUUUUUUUCCCUCUUCUUUAUUUUUCCUCUUUUUUUUUUUUUUUCUUUUAUUUUCCUUUCUUUUUUUUUCCUCUUCUUUUUUUUCCUCUUUUUUUUUUUUUAUUUUUCUUUUUUUUUUCCUCUUCUUUAUUUUUCCUCUUCUUUUUUUUUCUUCUUUUUUUUUUUUCUUUUUUUUUUUUCCUCUUCUUUUUUUUUCUUCUUUUUUUUUUUUUUCCUUCUUUUUUUUUUUCUUCUUUUUUUCCUUCUUCUUUUAUUUUUCCUCUUCUUUUUUUUUUCUUCUUUUUUUUUUCCUCUUUUUUUUUUUUCUUCUUCUUUUAUUUUUCCUUCUUUUUUUUUUUCUUCAUUUAUUUUUCCUCUUUUUUUUUUCCUUCUUCUUUUAUUUUUCCUUUCUUUUUUUUCCUUCUUCUUUAUUUUUUUCCUCUUCUUUUUUUUCCUUCUUUUUAUUUUCCUCUUCUUUUUUUUCCUUCUUCUUUAUUUUUUCCUCUUCUUUUUUUUCCUUCUUUUUUUUUUUAUUUUUUUUUCCUUCUUCUUUAUUUUUUUUUUUCUUCUUUUUUUUUCCUUCUUCUUUAUUUUUCCUCUUUUUUUUUUUUUCCUCUUUUUUUAUUUUCCUCUUCUUUUUUUUCCUUCUUCUUUUAUUUUUCCUCUUUUUUUUUCCUUCUUCUUUUUUUUUUUCCUCUUUUUUUUUUUUCUUUUUAUUUUUCCUCUUUUUUUUUCUUUUUUUUUUCCUCUUCUUUUUUUUCCUCUUUUUAUUUUUCCUCUUCUUUUUUUUCCUCUUCUUUAUUUUUCCUCUUCUUUUUUUUUCCUCUUCUUUUAUUUUUCCUCUUCUUUUUUUUUCUUCUUUUAUUUUUCCUCUUCUUUUUUUUUCCUUCUUCUUUUAUUUUUCCUCUUCUUUUUUUUUCUUCUUUUUUUUUUUUCCUCUUCUUUUUUCCUCUUUUUAUUUUUCCUUCUUUUUUUUUUUUCCUCUUCAUUUAUUUUUUAUUUUUCUCUUCUUUUUUUCUUCUUCUUUUAUUUUUUUCCUCUUUUUUUUUCUUCUUCUUUUAUUUUUCCUUCUUUUUUUUUUCCUCUUCUUUUUAUUUUUCCCUUCUUUUUUUUCUUUUUUAUUUUUCCUCUUCUUUUUUUUCCUCUUCUUUUAUUUUUCCUUUUUUUUUUUUCCCUUCUUUUUUAUUUUUCCUCUUCUUUUUUCCUUCUUCUUUUAUUUUUCCUCUUUUUUUUUUUUUUUCUUCUUUUUUUUUCCUCUUCUUUUUUUUUCCUCUUCUUUUUUUUUCCUUCUUUUUUUCCUUCUUCUUUUAUUUUUCCUCUUCUUUUUUUUCCUUCUUCUUUUAUUUUUCCUCUUCUUUUUUUUCCCUCUUCUUUUAUUUUUCCUCUUCUUUUUUUUCCUUCUUCUUUUAUUUUUCCUCUUCUUUUUUUCCUUCUUCUUUUAUUUUUCCUCUUCUUUUUUUCCUUCUUCUUUUAUUUUUCCUCUUCUUUUUUUUCCCUCUUCUUUUAUUUUUCUUCUUUUUUUUCCUUUUUUCCUUCUUUUUAUUUUUCCUCUUCUUUUUUUUCCUUCUUCUUUUAUUUUUCCUCUUCUUUUUUUCCCUCUUCUUUUAUUUUUCCUCUUCUUUUUUUCCCCUCUUCUUUUAUUUUUCCUCUUCUUUUUUUUCCUCUUCUUUUAUUUUUCCUCUUCUUUUAUUUUUCCUCUUCUUUUUUUUAUUACCUUUUACUUCUUUCCUUUGCUUUCACUUUUUUCUAUUCUUUUUUUCUGUCCCGUCUCAACCAGCAUUUUAUCCCUCAAAUUGUUAA